UUGAUUCUAGAUUCUAGUCAAAUCUUUUAAAAAUUCAUUCUUGUCAUACAAGUGAUUUGUAUUGUUUGCACUGGUGAUGUGGUAUUUCACAUCAUUUCAUCCUAAACUGGAUAAGUGAGUGAUAUUUGAGUACAAAUUUUUGUGAGUUGGAACUGAACUGGACAAAGAGACACGGGAGAUUACUGGAGACUUCAGAAGAAACAUCUCAUCAUCUGGAGAAUUAUCCAAAUAUCAAGGUCUGAGCUGGACUAGAGAAAGACGAUGGAGGACAUAAAACACAGAAGGGACAAAAGAGAAGGACGACACAGGGAUACAUGGGAUCCAUUCCAGCUGAAUCCCGCAGGAGCUGAGAAGGAAACUAAGAGAAGAUGUUUCAUACUGGCCCAGUACCUGGUAGCUGUUAUUGUGGGGAUGGCGGUCCUGGCCAGUGCCGUUGUCGCUAAGGGUUCCCUCUUGGUGUUGACAACAAUGUCCAGUCCAACGUCUAAGCGCAGCCCAAAGGAACAGCAGUUCUACAUGCUGAUGCUGGUCUUCUGCCUGGUCUGCCCCAACUUCCUGGUCUUCAUUAAAUCUCUGUGGCGAUGUGCCUUCAAGAGCUUUGUACAUCCCAACAUGAAGACCAUGGCAUUCAUUGUUACCAUUGAGUGUCUGGUGUCUCUUGGCACUUCAGUCCUGGUGCUUGUCGUCAUGCCUCACUUUGACAUUUUGACCAACCUCUUUAUCAGCGGAGGAGUCUGUUUUAUGUCUGCUGUUCUGCAGAUAGUGUUCACACUACAGAAAGAAACUUGGAAAAUCAUCUUCCCAUUAUGCUCCUGCUUUCUUACCAUUACUGGUUACGGGCUGCUGGGAGCUGACUACUAUGUUCGCGUAUCAUCAUUUGUGGACAACCAGACGCACAGCUCUUAUGUGUUUAUUGUAAUUGGUGUGUUCUCUUCACUACUCGUCUCCCUCUGCUGGUGGGAAAAUCCAAUUCAAGCUACGAACCGCUGGCAGAAUAAGUUGUCAGAACUGGACGGUUUCAGGGACUUUGUGUUUGUCAUCAGCAGUAUUCUGAGGAUACUGGUGAUAGGGGCUGUAUACCUGAUUUACCACAAACUUAUUAUGAAGUCAAUCAAUUGGUCAGAUUUCAAUCUGAAAGAUCGUGACGAGGGACUCCUGCAAAUGGGUCUGCUGCUGUUAUUCCUACAGGCCUUCUGCUCAGCGGCCUGCCACUGGUUUGGAGUGGUGGCCUGUAAGAUUCAUGCUGUCAGGAUGAGUUUUGCGUUUCCAGUAUGCUUCACAGGCCCUGCAGUGCUAUUGCUGGGAGUGAUACUGUUCCUAACGCAGGUGGAAAAACUUGACAGAGGAUCACAUAGCAACAUCCUAGAGUUUUGUGAAAGCUUGGACCUCCUGAGCAAAAAGGACACCGCUCCUGUGGUCUUACUCGAGAUUACCAGGAGUAUCUGUCGGACGUCACUUAACAGCCACUACUUGCAAUGGCCUGUUUUCAUGCUGGCACUGGAGGGAGUGUGCAUGUGGUUGGGCUUUGUUGCAUGUACCUACUACGUAUGGAAGAUCAAGGUCCAGCGCAUAGAGAGAACCUCUCAGCUCUUUGUUCGACGACUCUAUGAAUCUGCUUUCAUUGACCUGUCUCUACUACUCAACACCAAGAUGAAGGUAGCACGUGCCAGAAACCAAGAGAGCAGUGAUGAAAUACAGAACUGUAUGAUCUAUCUAUGUGCCACCAUGUGGCAUGAGACCUAUGAUGAGAUGCUGAAGAUUCUCACCUCCAUGUUCAGGUUGGACCGAUAUCGAGGCGAUCCAAAAGAAGAACAUAAGGACUGUUUUGACUUUGAGUGUCACAUUUAUGUAGACGAUGCCUUCAUGACUGAAAAGAAUACAGAAAAGAGACUGGUUAAUUCUUACGUGAACGACUUGAUCCAUGUUGUCUUGGAGGUUUUUCGGGUGUUCACAAACAAAGAGCCAGAUGAUGUGUCAAUCAUCGAAUCUCCUUACGGUGGCAGGUUGACGUUUGUUUUGCCAGAGGGGAACAUGCUCUUUAUUCAUCUAAAAGACAAAAGUCUCAUCAGGAACAAAAAAAGAUGGUCACAGAUAAUGUACUUGUAUUAUCUGCUGGGCUGGAAGGGAUACAUUUCCAAGAACCCUACGAAGACCCUACGCCAGAAUACCAUAUGCAGGUCCAGUUUGGUUUCUCUGGAUGGUGAGAUUUACGUCAUGCCUCAGGAUGACGAUGACAACAAGAGAAAAUUCAUCUCAGAUGACAACACGUAUGUUCUGGCUCUGGAUGGAGACACUGACUUUCACCCAAAAGCUGUGAUUCUACUUGUAGACAGGUUGAGGAUGUAUGAAAAUGUAGGUGCAGCAUGUGGUAGAAUCCAUCCUACUGGUAUGGGUCCCAUGGUAUGGUACCAGAAGUUUGAGUAUGCAGUAGGCCACUGGCUCCAGAAGACAGCAGAGCAUGUCCUCGGCUCCGUGCUGUGCAGUCCUGGUUGCUUUAGUCUGUUUAGAGGCUCCGCUUUAAUGGAUGACAAUGUUUUAAAGAGAUACACAACGACUGCAACAAGAGCUGCGGAAUAUGUGCAAUAUGACCAAGGUGAAGAUCGUUGGCUGUGUACUUUGUUAUUGCAGCAAGGGUGGCGUGUGGAAUACAACGCUGCAUCUGAUGCAUACACCAACUCACCACAGGAAUUUAAAGAGUUUUACAACCAGAGAAGACGAUGGGGGCCUUCUACGCUGGCUAACACCUUGGACGUUCUGCAUAGUGGUGCAGAGACAGUGAAGAGAAACACGUCCGUCUCCAGGCCUUACAUUUUCUACCAGAUGUUCACUGUUGCAUCUUCUAUCCUGGGUCCAGCCUCUGUGACUCUCAUGGUAGCAAGUGCUUUCCAGUUUGUCUUCCAACUCAAAGGUGACCUCUCCAUCAUUGUUUCGUGCAUUCCUCCAGUCUUCUACAUGAUCAUCUGCUUUGUAACCAAGAGCGAUACCCAAAUAACGAUUGCUGGCAUCAUGAGUGUUCUGUAUGCAUUCCUCAUGACUGCAUCUCUCUUUGCCAUUGUUGGCGACAUGGUGGUCGAGGGCACCUUCAUGACACCCACUGGCUUGUUUUUGAUUUCAAUGACAGUCAUGUACUUGGUGACAGCAUUACUACACCCAGAGGAGUUUGGGAUGAUUGUCUAUGGUCUGAUAUAUUUCAUCUGUAUCCCCAGUGGAUACCUCCUACUGGCCAUCUACUCGAUGGUCAACAUGCACGUUGUAUCCUGGGGCACAAGGGAAUCUAACAAGGGAGAAGAAGUAGUGAAGAAAAACGAAAAUAUACUGUGCAACAAAAACUGUAAACUGUGCUGCUGGGACAUGAAGAUACAGGUAACCCAGGAAACAGAGAACCUGAUGCUUCAACAGAUCACAGGGCAUGUUGCACAGCACGCCCCUCUAAUUACAACCAAGUUGGAGCCUCAAAUCAACGAUGAUAUUACACCAGGCCAGAGUACAGAAAAAGGCAGCGACAUAACCUACAGUAGCAGCCACAGCAGUACUGGGAGAAGCACAACAACGAGUAUAUCUGAUGAUGAUGAUGAUGACGACUUCAUGAGUGGUGACUUAGAAGAAACAGAGGAGUGUCCAGUAAAGGACUGGGUGACGCCAGUGAAAGCAGAGUUUUUGAAGAAGCUGACUUAUGGCAACUUGAAGAGAAAUCUGCAAGAACAAAUAAGAUACGCAUUCCGUAACAAAAAUAAUGAUGAUUUGUGUGAGGAAUUGAUCGUGCUGUUAACGGACACACUCAAUGUAGAAUUCAAAGAAAUGGGGCCUGAAGAUGUUCUGACAGAUGUUCAGAUGGACGAGUUACAGUAUGCACUGACGAAGCAGGCGCGGCAAACUCUAAAGUCCAAUCGAAUGGAGAAAUUAGAGAAGAGCUUGAAGAGAGCCAUCGACCAAACACUCACUGCCCCACGAGUGCAAAAACUAGAUGAGGGUGAGAAUGACUUCUGGAACAAGUUAAUCGAGCGCUACUUAGCACCUAUUGUUGAAACCCCAGCAAAUAAGGAUGAGGUCACCAGAGAACUGAAGUCACUGCGCAAUAAGUCAGUCUUCCUGUACUUCAUGAUCAACGUGCUGUGGGUGGUAGCUACCUUCUUCCUGCAGACCAUUGGAAAUGAUAUCAUCAGCAUCAAGAUCCCAAAAUACUUUGCAAACGGAACUAAAUCUGAAGAACCCCUUAAGGUGGAGCCUCUCAGUCUGAUGUUUCUGGCUUCAUUCGCUUUUCUUCUCAUUGUCCAGUUUCUGGCCAUGUUAUAUCACAGGAUCUACACCCUGAUCCACAUAGUUUCCUACCGCAGCACAGAGAAAAACUACCAAAAGAUGGAUCGUGAGGAUGACGAAGGCUUCAUUCUGGAGAACCGCACUGCCAAUGGGCUUGUCAUUACCAGUGAUGACUUGUAGGCAGCUACAAUCACAACCAGCUGUACCACGCAACAAUAUCCCACACUGGCAUCAUCAGGAGCAACAAAUCAGCAAGUCUCUUCCCACCUGAGAGCGGUUUCCUCUACUGAGAGUUAAUUUUUAUGUGCAGCAUUCAAAAUGCUGCACAUUUUGUUCAGGAUAAUACUACAUAGAUGCUAAACUGAGGAGCAGUCUUUGUAGACGGCGCAUUUCAACUUUCUUUGAUAGGACAUUUAUUUUUCAUCUAUUCUGCAGCAGCUGUUUUGCCUCCCAGCUAGAUUUUGAGUGUUAUCCAGCUGGGGAUGCACAACGGCUCAGGGGAAAUCAGUUCUAACAGAUUCAAUAAGCCUUGUUUGACAGUGUAAAAUGAGGAAUUAUUAAGAUGUGGGGUUUAACACAACAUUAUCACAGGAAAGAGCAGCUUUAUUGCUGAGGUGUUUUAUUUAUCCCUCUCUAGAUUUGUACUUAUUCUGUGUGAAGUAUGGUUGAAUGCAUCAGGUCCAUGUGCUAAUUAGAUGUUAUUAUCUGAAUUCAAGGUCUAAAGAUAGAGGAUGUUGUACAGGUUCUUCAUUCCACUUUGUAAUAAUCCCACUGCAUGAGUGGAAAAUAAAACAAAUGAAAUAAACUCUUUUACAGAAAACAGACAGAACACACUGUUGGUAUCAGCGUCUGCGUCAGCUUCAGUGAAGUGAAUCACAGUAAUGUGCUGGAUUUCCAAUAACAGGUGGCAAAACAUUUGGUCAGACUUUUAAUCUAAAUAUGAGCACUUAGCAAGGAUGAUAUAUGUCUACAUGAGCCAUUGCAGAAAAAAAAUACUUUUUUACCAUUGAAUCUUUUUUUACUCUUUUUUUAGCUGUUGACUGUUUUGCUUUUUUAAUACUUUAAUACUUGACAUAUCAGUGUAACUAUGUAUGCUAAUCAUGACAAUGCAGUUUAAAAGAAAAAUGCCUGUAUAAUUUUGCUGUGGAAAACUAUUAUAAUUAUUAUAAUAACUUGUAAAAGUCUGUAAAAGAAAAUCUUAACUGCAUAAUGAAAUAAAGUUUUUUGUUUCCUAUAUGAAAAGGGUUCAUUCAUAAUCAUGGGCAUACUCCUCUUCAGGCAUGACUAACGCACACUACACAUGAACAUGAAUAGUUUAUGUCCUUUGGUAAGAUUAAAAACAAAACAUAGCUUUUUAAUGUUCUAAUGAUUUUAGACAGAGGUGCUUAUUCAACUUGCCAUGGAGGCAGAAAACAUUGUUUCUAGCUUUUUAAAGUCAUUAUUAAUGAUUAAACUUCUAUAAUGCAUACCACUUCAAACAGAAUUUACUUUUGCUUAUUUUCUAUGCGUGGAUACUAUUGCCCUGCUGCUUUGUAGAUGAGCAACUGUUUAGCAUCACAAUGAAUCCUUGGACUGGAUGUGGAAGGGGGUUUUAGUUUGUUCAAUGUGACUUAUCGUUCCAAAAACUUUCUGUUCUGUGACAAUGUUUCUUCUCCCUUUGGUAUUCAACUUAACAUUAAUACUGUGGAUAAACAACACUCAUAAGACCGUUUGGUAUUAAAGGAUAUUAUUACAAUGCUGAAAGCAGUAAGACUGGAAGAGGUUCCUUAAAAUGCUCCUACUUCCACAUAUGCUCAUUUUUAAGGCAUUUUUCAAAGAACACACACACGUUUGUUGACCUUUUUUAAUGAAUAGUCAUUUCAUUCAAAUGAAUGGUAGCAGUAGACACAGUUAUUAAAUAGAGGCAAUUGCAAAGCAAUCAUCCAAUUUAGUUUUGGGGAGAUAAGUUUCAGCUGAGGGUAAUGCAGCAAUCAGACCCAGAGCUCUGCUGUAAAGGUUAACA